CUCUAUCCUGAGCGGUUGCACUCCACACACACUCCAGUGCUGUUAUAAAUACUGAGGUGUGUGUGUGUUUUGUGUCUUCAGUUUCAGCGAUGGCCGACAGAAAGAGCAGCGGCAGCAGCAGCUCUCGCCUGAGCGCCAGGAGGAAAGAGAGAGCAGAAAAUGAGGCCAAGAAAGAGGAGAAAACUCCUAAAGAAGGAGAGAAAGCUGAGGUGAAUGGGGCGAACCCGUCGGUGGAGAACGGAGAGGCCGCCACGGCGAACGGAGCCACGGCGAAUGGAGAGAACGCGGAGAAACCAGAACCCAUGGAACUGCCGCCGUUCGAGAUCAUCACAGGGGAUCGCAUGGACCCGUUUUUUUAUAAGUUCCAGUUCAAGAACGUCGAGUACUCGUCCGGCCGUAACAAAACCUUCUUGUGUUACCUGGUGGACCAGGGGCCCGGCGCCAGCGGCCUCCUCAGGGGCUACAUCGAAGACGAGCACGCGGGCGGCCAUGCCGAGGAGGCCUUCUUCCGGCAGGUCCUGCCUGACUACGACCCCGCCGUCAAAUACACCAUCACCUGGUACAUGUCGUCCAGCCCGUGUGCCGCCUGCGCCGCGAAGCUGGUUGAGAUCCUGAAGGCCAGGAAGAGCGUCCGUCUGUCAAUCUUCUCAGCGCGGCUCUUCGAGUGGGAGGAGCCUGAAAUCCAGGCGGGGCUAAAGGCCCUGGCGGCCGCCGGCUGCAAACUACGUAUGAUGAAGCCGCUGGAUUUCACCUACACCUGGGACACGUUCGUGGAGAACGACGAUCAGACAUUCGCACCGUGGGAGGACUGCCAGGAGAACUAUGAGUACUACCAAGACAAACUGGCUGACAUCCUGCAGUGAUGAUAGCGAAGGGAUAUCCGACGAACACUUGUCAGCGAGUGAAGAAGAGAGCGUGUUUGUGUGAAUGAGAGAGAAAUGCGCGCCAAAAACACUGUUCUGCGUCCGUUAUUUGUAAUACAAGAAUACUGACAGAUUCAUGUAGUACUUUAAUGUUUUCUGUAUUUCUGUGAAGUGAAGAGAAUUUAUACUUUUUAAUAAUUAGUUUUAUGUUUUAAUGAGUCACUUCAGUCGCACUUUGUGUGACGUUUCAUAGCGUUUUAUAUUCUGAAGGUCAGCUCCACUUUAUUUAUCAUUUUGUAUUCACGCUUGUCCGAGUACAAAUUCAUACUGAGCACUGUGAAAUAUGAUUUUGUAUUAAUACGAAGUAAACUGAAAAUAACGUUGCAGCUGUAUAUGAAAUAAUUGGAAAUAUUGCGCAAGCAAUAUAUAAAUAACAUUACAUGGGAAACUACCUUCACUAUUUUGGAAAACGAAUAAAAAAUGUGUUGUUCUGUU